AUGGCGGGCUCCAAGACUAUCAGAAUCGUCGAGGUUGGGCCUCGUGACGGCCUACAAAAUGUCAAGACCGUGGUGGAUACUUCGACGAAGCUGGAACUCAUCCAAAGACUAAAGGGUGCAGGACUCCAGAAUAUUGAAAUCACGUCUGUCGUUUCAUCAAAGGUCAUACCACAACUUGCAGAUUGCCGCAAAAUACUUUCCGCCCCUAAUGUGAAGAGGUGGCAACAAACCGAUACCACACUGCGUCUGCCAGUUUUAGUUCCGAAUACCAAAGGGUUACACAUCGCCCUCGAACAUGGUGUUAGAGAAGUGGCUGUCUUCGUCAGUGCGACAGAAGGCUUCAGUCGAGCAAACAUCAACUGCACUGUCGAUGAGAGCUUGGAGCGUGCCAAGCAGGUGGCUACCGAGGCUAGCACAGCCGGUGUGCUUGUGAGGGGAUACGUUUCUUGCAUCUUUGCCGACCCUUUCGACGGUUCUACUCCUUUACCUGCAGUCUCCCGCGCAGUGCGAAGCUUACUCGAUAUGGGUUGCUACGAAGUUAGCCUUGGUGAUACUUUAGGUGUCGGAACACCAUCAGACGUCCGACGGCUACUUGAGUACCUUAAGAGUCAGAACAUACAUACCGAGAAAUUAGCUGGCCACUUCCACGAUACCUACGGGCAAGCUCUAGCCAAUGUAUGGACGGCAUAUGAAUGCGGUCUGCGAACCUUUGAUAGCAGCGUUGGCGGCCUAGGUGGUUGCCCUUUUGCACCAGGUGCCAAGGGAAAUGUGGCUACGGAAGAUGUUGUAUAUCUGUUUCAGCAAGCUGGGGUCGAUACUGGUGUAGACCUCCAGCAAGUAGUUGACAUAGGAGUUUGGAUUUCCAAUGCCCUAGCAAAACCCAACGAUAGCCGGGCUGGAGCCGCUCUCGCCAGCAAAUCCAAAAGGUCAUCGACGGGAUCAUCAUCCAAGUUUACCAGCCGGCCAAAGGAAGCUUGGGAGUGGUCGGUCUUGGAACAGUCUGACAACAUUGUCGCUCAGCGGGCUGGGGCGAACGGUAAUAUCGUUCUCAACAAGCCCCGAAACGGAAAUACUCUGACUUUUCCGAUGAUAUCCGAGAUCAUCCGCACAUUCAAGUCCUUCGAGAACGACCCCUCCAUAUCUCGUAUUCUUAUCAGCGCAAAUGGCAAAUUCUUUUGCACCGGGAUGGACCUGAGCCAAGCUGCACAGGCAGUUGGCCGAGGCGGUGACGCAAGUGCGAAACUAUUCCAGGCAUUGACAGACUUAUUCGAACUCAUCGACAAUUCUCCAAAGGUCACGAUUGCUUGCAUACAAGGAUCUGCUUUCGGCGGUGGGAUCGGAUUAGCAUUCGCUUGCGACAUCAGGAUCUCCAUCAGCUCGGCAACCUUCACAUUGUCUGAGGCCAAGCUUGGCAUGUGUCCUGCCGUAAUUUCGAAAUACGUCAUCAGAGAAUGGGGAUUUGGACUCUCGAGAGAAGCCAUGCUCACAGCACGGUCUCUGACAGCUUCCGAACUGAAGUCUGCUGGCGCCAUCUCGAUGGUUGCUGAGGCGCCCUCAGAACUGGACAUCAUAACGAAAACCCUCCUCGCGCAACUUCGACACUCGUCGCCCGGGGGUUCAAGCAUGUCGAAAGAAUUAGUCAAGUUAAGUUGGAGACACGCGGGAAUGCCAGAGCAGCGAGACGGGAUUUCCAGGCUUUUCAAGUCAAUGAUGGAGCCUGGCUCUGAUGCUGUCCAUGGCAUAGCAGAAUUCCAGCAGAAGCGUAAGGUCGACUGGGAUUCCUUGAAUCAGGUUCCACGGGCGAAGAUCUAG